AGACACUCGCGCCAUUUUUUGAACUUUUGUUCUUCCUGCUUCCUAAUCAGAAGGCAGAUUAGACUUGUUGUGCAAAGGUUUGUACAUUUAAGAAUCAUGUCGCCAACGACGAAGAGACCCUGCCCCAGUCCCUUGGACGACAGUUUAGAAAAAAGGAUAAAACGAAUUUCUAUUGAAGGCAAUAUUGCUGCAGGUAAAUCCACAUUUGUACAUGCUCUGGAGCAACAGUGCAAGGACUGGGACGUGGUUCCGGAGCCUAUUGCCAGAUGGUGCAAUGUACAGACCCAAAGCGGUGAAUUCCAGGAGCUGACCACCUCUCAGAAGAGCGGCGGGAACGUCCUGCAGAUGAUGUAUGAGAAGCCAGAGCGGUGGGCCUACACCUUCCAGAGCUACGCCUGCAUGAGCAGGAUACGGGCCCAGAUCAGAUCCACCAACGGGAAGCUCCGAGAAGCUGAAGACCCGGUGCAGUUCUUUGAGAGAUCCGUGUACAGCGACAGAUACAUAUUUGCCGCAAACCUGUACGAGAGCGAAUGCUUAAAUGAAACUGAAUGGGCCAUUUACCAGGACUGGCACGGGUGGCUGCACAAGCAGUUUGGGAAACACAUUGAGCUGGACGGGAUCAUCUACCUUCGAGCCGCGCCUGAGAGAUGCCUGGAGAGGCUGCACCUGAGAGGGAGAGAGGAGGAACAGGACAUCCCCCUCGAGUAUUUAGAGAAGCUCCACUUCAAACAUGAAAGUUGGCUACAGCACAGGACAAUGCGCAUGGAAUUUGACUAUUUGUACGAUGUACCGGUUUUGACCCUGGAUGUAAAUGAAGAUUUUAAAUCUGAUAAAAUAAAAAUCACCGAUAUGAUUGAGAAGGUCAAAGAGUUCCUGAGUACUAUAUAAACACUGGUUAUUUGCUGGAGAAGGACCAUCUUUUGCAGUCAAUCAAGAGAAACAAUUUGACACAGACAAGAAUUGAAAUCAAGUAUUCAGAAAUGUAUGUGACAGUUUAUUGAUAUUUAUAUAUUUAGUGUGUAGUACUAUUUUAGUGUAGUAACUGACUUGUUAAUUGUCUGAUUCCAUGUGUGAUUCCAUGUAUAUUUGUGAUUUUAAGGUACAAAUAAAAUUGCUUUUAUUUAAAUAUUU